GUGCAGGCUACCAUGGCAAGGGUCAAUGCCGCCUGUGCAGCAGCCGUGGCUGCAAAGCAGCGCGAGGCUUUGGAGGAGCGGAAGAACCUCCUGGGCUUGCCUCCCCUGGACGAAGCGCCAUGGAAACCAGCAUGGCCAUCAAAGGUUGUUCAGCCUCGCAACUUGCAGCCCUGGUCAGGGGCCCAAGCCCAGGGCAUGCAAGCGUCAGCAGCAGUGCUGGUUCAAGCCCAGCCGCAAACCUUAACCGGCAUGCCAAAGCCGCCCAGUGGCCCUCCGCCUGCCAGGCUGCAAGGGCCUCCAACUGAGCCGCAGAGCGGCCUGCACGGCCUGCGCGGCCUAUCUGCUGAAGCUCCAGCCUUCCAGCCUGGCCAUGCGUGGCAGCCCACCCGUCCAGUCCUGUACCAAGCCAGCCAGGCGGAGCAGGACUACCACCCAGCAGGUGCGCAGAUUGGCCCAGACACCAGCACCGUGUCGGUGAACUCCCCCCAGCCCAUUCUGCAGCGUCCUUCCCGGAGGCCCCGCACCUGCCCAAUGGAGACAGUAUGA